UGUUCACUUCACGAAUGAAUUAUUCUGAGGGGGCGCGUUGAGGGAAGUCAACGGUGGAAAUGGAUUGUGCUGUGUAGUUCUUUAUUGGGUUAUUCUGCGGUCUGUAACAAGGUAAAGGUGAACCAUGAGUGCCAGAAACAGAUCCUGCUCUUCCUCUAUUCUCCAAGCAUGCAGUUCAUCAUCCUUUACCAGACAGCCUUCUCGUGUGCUGAUAGUAGAUGCUUCACCACCCUGGUGGUCAGAGACAUGUACUAUUCUGUGUCAGGCCCUAGAGAAUUUCUUUUUUCUGGCUAGCAGUCUGGCAGGACCUGCUCGUCUGCCACUGCUAAGCGUCUUUGCCAUCAGCGUACAGCUGGAGUGUCUCUUACCCUUUGUGCAAGUUAAGGGCAAUUUGACACGUCUGCUGUCCUGUAUAGAGGAGCUGCGUUCUCUGCCUCAAGAGGGCUGCGUUCGGCAACGAGGUGCACUUCUUAAACAGGCAGUGCUGGACAGCCUGCAGCAGUUUAAACAAUACAUGUGUCAUACAGCUCAUGGGGACUUCAACAGCAACUGUGUGGAGGUGACGGUAUUAACCUGUCAGCCAGGACAGGCAGUCCUCCGACAACUGGAGCAGGGCCUGAAAAACUCUGAUCUGAUUACUCUGCGCAGGCUUCUGGUGGUUCACAUCACAUUACAGCAGAGUCUCUCAGACAGAUCUCCAGCCUGUAGCCUUGAGACACCAUCUUCAGAAGAUGACCAAGAAGAGAGCUUGAUGCUGGGUACAGAGAUGGAUCUGCAGCUGGUGGAAGGCACAGUUGUGGCCUUGGAGAACUCUCUGAAAAUGUGGCUGCAUGACCAGGGCGGAGACAGAGAACACCUGCACUUGUUGUUACCCCCUUCUCUCACAUUACAGGGUUCUACACAACACCCUGCCAACAACAGGCCAAGCCCAGUCUGUUUGAAGUGUGACAUGCAGGAGCGACUUCUCAGCCCAGCCCUACUUCCCAGCACGCCUGACCUUGGAGUGAAGACUGAGAGCAUGCAAGAUUUCCAGCCCCCAAACAAGAGUCUGGCCAAUCAGAACCCCUCGCCACAGAGUCUGCGAGUUGUCAAAGUUCUUCAUGCCGGUGGUGUGUGUCAGUCUGUGCUGUAUGGACUACCACUCAUCAUCAGACCAACCUCAUGCUGGCAGCUGGACUGGGAUGAAAUGGAAACAAACCAACAGACAUUUCAUGCUCUCUGCCACAUACUAAAAAACCGUGACUGGUUCCUUUUGGUGCGCUCAGAGUCUGGGUCAGGUUCAGGUUCAGCUGUGUUCUCCUACUAUAUACUUCAGUCCUCUGGUUCACUCUCUCUGCUUUUGAAACCUGUGCUGACACGAGAACUUACGUUACCCUGCUGCCUGCCUGUCUCAUUGGAGGACCCACCACUUCCUGCACUCGCCUCUGUGGAGAGCUCCUUGGAUCAGCUUGAGAAAGACCCUGUCUUUAACCCUCUCGGUCUGGACUCCAACCUUUACUCGCACCUUAGAAUUAAAGGUUUGCUCACCCGCUCAUCGCAACCAUUUGGAGCACAUGGCCAGGGCCGAGGCCAUCGCAGGGGCGCCAGUCGGCCACAAGAGGGCUCCACACAGCGUCAGGGUCGGCAGACUCAGAGUCGCGUGCGAGCCACAGUGGCCCCGCUGCCUUCCAUACCUUUAAACAAGAUGCCUCGCCGUUUAGUAACCCUCAGCCACUCGCGACCCUGUGCCCCUGCCCUCUUUUUCCAGGACAACUAUGAAGAGGAAGACCCUUUGAUGAUCCAGUAAGGAGAAAGAGAAAAAGCAUAAAACUUUCACUAUAAGAGGAAAUUGCACAUUCACAUUCACACUCACACUGACUGAAAGAAACAGUUUCUAAACUCCCACAGACAGGAUGUUACUUUCUUGCACAUGACCAGAUAUACACUUAUUAUAUGUACAGCUAAUUUGAAAAAUAUAUUUGCUAUACAUAUUUGGUUUUCUAUUCAGAGAACACUGUACUGUGCAAUGGAGAACAGUACUGCAUUUAGAUUCUCUCAUCUAACGCAGAGCAAAUAUUACACACUCAAUAUACACCUUAAGCUAGCUAUACAGACCAUUUCUUAUUUCUAACAAGACGAGGGCUGGCUAGGUUAAGUUAAUUGUUCGGGUUUUCAGAAUACAGUUAAGUAGUGCAACAUCACAGCUCGAUUUAUCUUCUUAAAUCUGAAAAACAUUACAGCACAGAUUAAAUAACCUCAUUACUUCUCCAAAUAAAAACUUCAGCAACUUUGAGACUGACACUGCAAAAUCAACCCUCAUAUUUCAGACACUCAAUACGCAAAAAACAAGCUGUUUUGUUACCCUGAUGUUUGCAAUUAAACCAGUCCUCAUAGUAACUAGCAUGAUUUCACUCUUGGAGACGUAAUUAAACUAACUGUCGUUCCAUAUGGUUUAACAAAGCCUGCACCGCAACUGGGAAAAAAAUCUAAUUGUGAACUGCUGAGGCUGCUAAAAGAAAUCAAAUACAAAACCACAGAAUUGUAAAAGGACAAGAAGAAAGGCUGUUUAAAGAGAGAGAACUGCCUUCUCAGUUUAAAUGCUGUGGCUAGAAGGCUCUGUAGAGAGUUGAGGAGGAAGAAGGCCAUAGUGGAAAAGUAGAGCCAUUGUCUUCCUUUAUGGAAGCCUCCAGUGCAGCCCCAAGGGAGACACACUGUACUCAGCUGAGCAGGAAUUCAAGGCCUUCAAUGAGUUACAGAAAGCGAAGAUAGGGGAAAAGAAAGAAGAGGUCGCUCUGUGUAGCCCCGUGACCUCUGAGAACAAGGUUCUGCUUUGGAGGCGCUGGUUUAGAGUUGUGAGAGCUGUGGGACGUGAUUCUGAAUGCAGACUGAGGUCAGAGCUCUAAUAUUACUCAAUGGGCCUCUCUUACUAGACCCCAUCAGUAUUGCCUCAUUAAGUUUUCCGCCAUUCCACCCACCUGGCUCCACCUACGACUUGUCUUUAUGACAUCAUGCUGAGGUUUGGCAUUGUGCAAACGGCACAAAAAGCAGACAUAGAGAGAGGAUCUCACGUCAUUUCCCCCUCCUUUUUCAUAUUUUACGUUCACGAUUUCCUAACUGUUUCAGCUGUUACAAAAGAGAUUCAGCAGGGAGUUUUUCUCUUAUUUUUAAAUUGUUUUCCAAAUGUCUCUCUACUUCUGGUUAACUGAUGUUUUAAGCCUGCGUUCUGAAUAUUCAUUGUGUUCUUUUUUUAGUCUUGUU